AUGUCUUACACGCGUCCUAGGCUCCUAGCUCGUACAAGGUUGCCUACCAGAUAUGAAGGAGUUGAAUCCGGAAAUCCCCGCAGGAAAAGUCGAUUUGUGAAUCAGUCAACAUCCGAGAGCGGCCAAACAGCGACGUCUGCAUCUCCAGGCUUCGUCUGA